CAACAGUGGCAACUUACCAGCCUUUUGGUAAAUCUGUGGAAUUGAAGCAGCCGUUUCUGGUGUAACACGCGAUUCUGUUCUGAUAUCAGUUAAAGUUCACUCUCCCCAAAUUCUUUCAACUUACGGUGUCUUAUUAAAUUAUUUUCUUUAGAUGGCUCCAACUUUUGUUGCUUGAAAGUUGUAUUAUUUUCAAGUUUACUUUUGUUUUUCUUGGCAAGGGAAGAAGAGAAAGUAUCGUUGGCAGUUUGUUCCACAGCUUUCAAAUAAGAUUCCAUUCGUUCGUGAAAAGCAUUGGUUGGCAUAUUUGCUUUUGUUUAACAAAAAAUAUAUUCCCAAGACUAAUUUACGCAACCUAACACGUAAGAAGAAGAGCCAACCAAGAAAAAAUGUGAAAUUGGCGCCAAAGACACGUUGAAUGAACUUUGGGUACCGAAGCGGCAUCUUCGGAUUGCUUUUUGUGGAUGUAGUCUGUUGUGUUGUUUUCUCAUUCUUAUGGAAAUAGCACAUUAUCCAUACUUGACGUAUAUUUUGUUUUUGAUAAACUAUCGAAGAGAUAUCACAAAACAGGAAAAGCGAGUCAGUUACUGAGCUAAAUAGAUACGAAACCAUCCGUAUCUUCUUCUUGAAGGAUAUUUCUCUAGUGAAUAGUUAUCUACUCUUUUGCUCACAAGGAUUAUUCAAUGAAUAUUUUCAUAGUAACAGGGCCAAGUCAUUUCCUCUUGGGACGAUUGAUUGGCCAAUGGCUUCUUUUUUGGAUAGUGCCAAGUUGUUUGUUCCAUCGCAGUAUUCUCAAAGUAGAGUUGUAGGUCUUUCCAAGCAAAAGAAACUAGAAAAUAUAUUGUAUUCCAAGUCAAGAAUAAGAAAUCUCGUUAUCGUAUCUUGUUCCCAUCACAAUCGAGGAGUUGAACGAGAAACUCUGAUCAAGCCUUGUUAUCCCAAGAAAGGUCGUCUUGGUUUUGUUUCUCUAUCGUUACGUUUAUUAUGUCUUAUACGCCUUUCAUGGGCCAGUUACCGGAGAUCUCUCUCUUUAUUGCUACCUUAUCGCUAUAGUUCUUCAGGUCUUGCUUUGUUGUUAUCUACCACUUUGAGACGUGGUGUAUUUGCAACUUCACCGUUUCUUUCAAGUCUUGUAGAAGCUAUGACUAUGGUGUUUAUGUCUGAACUUGGAGAUAAGAGUAUGUUUGCUACAGCUUUGUUAGCUACAAGAUAUCGUCCUUGGUUGGUAUUCAUAGGUGCUAUGGUAGCUCUCACCAUGAUGACUGGAAUUGCUUGUUUUCUAGGCAAUUUGAUGCAUCUAUUACCUCCUAUUUAUACUCAUUAUGGUUCCAUUAUUCUUUUUCUUUACUUUGGUAUCCAAAUGAUAAAAAAUUCGUAUACAAAGAAUCAACGAGAAUCGACAGAGUUGGGAGAUGCAGAAAAGUUGGUGGGUAGUUUUAAAGCAGAGAACAGUUCCUUUUGGUCGAUACUAGGAAAGAUAUUUUUACUUAUCUUUACUGCAGAAUGGUGUGAUCGUUCCAUGUUAGCAACGAUGGCAUUGGCAUCUUCUCAUUCGCCUUUAGCUAUCAUAAGUGGUGCAACUAUUGCCAAUGUCAUAUGUAGUGGUAUUGCCGUAUUAGGAGCUGCACUUGUAUCUUCGAAGAUAUCGGAACAAAAAGUUUCUUUUGUAGGUGGUUUGUUAUUUCUCUUUUUCGGUAUCAAGUCGUGGGUGGAUGGACCUGAAGAAGAAUAAAAAAAUUUGUAUUGACAAUCCUGAUUUUGU